UGCUAGGAAAAUUGCCCCUUCUCUUGGUUCAGCUCAGAGCUUAUCACAGAGAUGCCACUUUUAAGGUUUCGAUUUCUUUCUACAAAGCACAAAAUCCUGGUUUUCUGUCUGCAGGCAUGUAAAUUAAAAACAAUGAGAGAAAUUUUACCAAUUUUUCCAGAUCUCCUUUAGAAAAGACCAUAGAGAGCAAUUAAACUAUGGUGUCAACACACCUCCCCCCCCCCAACUUUUUUAAUUUCUGUGGCUGUCAUCCUAUCAUCACCGAUCCCCCAAUUCUCAGGCAAGCAAAUUUACGCAAAUGGAUAAGUUCUGGACUAUGCUUGCAACGUAUAUCAUGUCAUGUCAUGUCAUGUCAUGUGAACAAUCACUUUGAGCAUUGGGAAAGCAUAGUUCUGUGUUGUUGCCAUGGCGUAGGUGGCAGAAUUGAAGAGGUUUGACAUUCAUCCCUCAUCAAAAAGGGAAAAAAAAAACCGAGUCAAGGUUCGACAUUUAUCCCUCAUCAAAAAGAUUUUAAAAAUGAGCUGUCGGUCGUUCAAUCAGUCAGUCAGUAAACGAAUGCAUGCAUUUGACAAUACAAGAUGAAAUACAUCGAGCUCUUUGAAACAUCUUUAUUUCACCAGUUUGUCAUACUAUCUUUUGUCAUAUUCAUUUUUUUCAAGUACUCAUCCACAUUAUUGACAUUUGGCAGAAUUUCAGUAAUGUGUAGGCACAUUUUCGACAUUAUUAAGGGAGUCAUGAUUUUGGCUGGUGCAACAGAGCAGCCAUCUUGGGCCGAACCUAUGGCAGAGACCAGUCAUGCUUAAGUUCACAAUACAAUUUGUUUUUAUGCAAGACACAUCUAAAGCCUGAAUGCCAAGAGUGUGUACAAUGCUAUUGAUGAUGAACUAGGAACAGCUGAGACAAUGGAUGGUGCAGUGUAUAAACAUUAAAUAAGCUUGACUGUGAGAGCAUAGCUCGGGGAGGAUUUAUUCUACUAGGCCAGUUGAUCCAAUGCGAAUACUGACAUCUUGAACUCAGUAGUUGUGUAUAUUAAAGGUACAUAUGGAAUGUCAGAUGCUGUUGUCAUUAUCACCAUAAUGCAAUACAGAACAGCCACAAACAUCAGAAGACACUGCAAGUACAUGUAUAUGACAGCUAUGUUGAAAUGGGGGUCCGUAGUAUUCUCCUGAAAAAUGUUUUUAAAAAAAAGUCCCAUGUUAUAUCAGGGUAGGCGGCUUUGCCCAACCCAUUCAAUAUCAAGGUCAGGAAAAGACUUGCAAGCUUUGCAACCAACUAAGACAUUUUGCUUGUGAUUGUGAUCAACGUGGACAAUGUAUUGUGUGUGGAAGCCAAACACACUGGGCUCCGAGACAUCAAGAAGAUAUUGCUGACAAUGAAGACAACAGUGUACGUGAGGAGGACAUUGAUGACUCAUAGGAGAAAUGGAAAAAGAAACAGAAGUUUCAAUGUUGGAGAGAGAAGAUGAUGAGGAGAAAGAAACAGAUGAGGACAAAACCGAGAGAGGCGAUAUAGAGGCAAAAACUGGUGAGCAAGCUAAAGCAGAGGGAUUUGGGGAUGAAGAAAUAAGGACGGCUGAAUUAAGAAAACAUAAGCUGAGCGACAUUGGGAAGGUACUGGACUCUGAUGAUGAAGACUUUUUGUUAACUUUAUGAAGCGUAGCGACAAGUUUCCGAGUUCUUCAAAUGGCCUGUAUUAUCAGAUGCUCUCUGGAUCCCUAAAGACAAGAUUCUAUGCCGACAUAAAUGAAUCCAAACAAAGAGUAACAUCAAAACGUUUGUUUCGAUUAAAUGACGAGGACAAGUCGGAGAUCAAAGCAAACUAAGCUAUAAUACAGAGAAAAACUGACAAACUGUAUUGAAACAAACAUUACCAGAUGCAUGUUUAUUAUGAGACUGUUCUCAUACUUUCCUUUUAUAACUUGUUUUAUUUGUAGGUUUUAGAAGAUCUAUAAAAAUAUAAUAAUGAUAGAAAAAAAUAUCAUUAAUUGGCAAAAGAAUCCUGAGUGCUAGUGAUUCUAGAAGCAAAAGAUUUUGUAAGUAAUGCCUUUGAUAGUUUGAUUACUCUCUGUUUUGCACAUUUGAAUGCAAGUCACUGUCAAAUCAACAAUGGUCUAACCAUUAUUACCAAAAGGAUAUCCGCCAGUCAUAAGUCCAAUGUAAUUAAAAGGAAACAUAUGUUACCAAAAUUGAAACUUAUGUUACCACAGUUUGACCUGAUUUUUUAACAAACACUUCUCACAAAAAGUUGUUUUUACUGGUUUAAACGAAAUGCUUACAACUGUAGGCAUUCAAAAAUGUCCAAAGAGUUUUAAGAAAAUUAAUAUGUACAAUUGUGAAUAAACUGAAAACGUUUCUCUUUGGAUAAACACAUCUAUGGUUUAUUUUUCUUGUGCUAUCCAUUAAUUUUUUUCCAACAUGUAAGUCAUAAUUUUGUCAGUUAUAUUCUUUACUCCAGUUACUGGUCCUACACACAUUCAAAGAAAAGAUUGUGUCUGUGCAAAGAACUAUGUGUCAAUUUUAAGCAGAUGAAAACGAAAGAAACAAUAGGUAAUGUAAGUUACUUUAGUGAAACUGUCACCAGGUAUACAUGUGUUUGAAAAAACUGAAAAAGGAUGUAUCAAAUGUUUAUACUUCAUGGAAAUGUUUCAGAAAGUGUUAACUUUUGUUUGGCAUUAAACUCCAAACUUGUAACAAGAAGUUGAAAUGUCAGAUUUUCUUUUUUCCAUUUGCACCAAUUUACUGGGAAUGGCCCAUUAGCCACAGGUGGCAACCCACCUGCUGGGAGACAUCUACCCCCAUAGUGUUCUUGGGUGCCACAACAACUUAGAUGGCUGAUGAACCUUUGGUCAACAGUGUUGAGGAUGGAUGUGAGGCUCCAGGCGUUGUGUGUAGGCACUGUGGCAGCAUCGGCCCACUUUAAAUCUGUAUUAUCAUGGAUUAGGAGCUGACAGAGCAGGCUGUGAUUUAAGAGAGUGUGGAUGGCAGGUGGUCUGGGCCAAGGAACAUCUGGUUGAAGUCUGCUGAACAGGUUUGUGGGUGGACUAAGCGUUAGCCUAGGCACAAGAAGACUUGGUGGUGAACCGAAGAGGUCAGGAGUGCAGUGGAUGAGAAGCGGCAUCAUUUUAAGGUGUGAAAAGUAUUUAGGUGAGGAAGCGAACAAGUUUGCCUACCUUGAGGCAAAGCGUACGUCGUGAAGAGAGGUGUGGACGGCACAAAACGCCAAGAGAAGGGAGUUUGCCACAGAGUUACGGAAUGGCGGGGUAGGAGGCAAUUCUUCAUGAUUGUCAAGCAGUUGGCAAAGGAGUGGCAGGAUGUGACCAGUGUGAGCUGUGUCAAGGACGAAGAUGGUAACAUUGUGAAGGUGUACAGGAGAUGUGGAGAUACAUGGAACGGUUGCUCAGUGUGAAGAACGAGUGGGACAGGGAGGUGGAGAGUGAAGUGGUUAAGGGUGAUGACCCCACCUCACCUCAAUGGGAGGUGAUUGAGGCACUGAAACACACCAAGUCCGGGAAGGCUACUGGUCCAUCUGGUGUGAGAUGUGAAUCAUUUCCCAAGAUUUCCUUAGUUCUGCACAAGUGUACAGCUUAGACAUGACACUCCUGAUGAUUACAUUCAUAGUAGCCUGCAGUUCAAUAGACCUUACAACAGCAGUUUGUCAGUGGCAAGCUGCAGCGGAUAGUCAACUCAAAUCAGAAGAAAUGGCUAUGACACAAGAUGGAGAGAGUCUAACUACACGGUGGCAUUUUUCCAGAGAUCCUACAGAAAUUGGAAAGGUACAUGAGCGUGACAUGUUCAAUCCAUUCUACUGCUGGCAUGAGAAGCUCCUACCGUUGAUGCCAUUCAAUGACUACAUGUUUGAGAAUGGAUUUCUGAGAAAUGAUACAGUCACUUCACCAUUGGAAUACACCAAGACAUAUGAAAGCAAUGAUGGAAUUGUUGCCACUACCUUGCCAGCUGAAAUCUUCUUAGACCGUUUGGAAUCAUUCAACUUCAAAAUUACCAUCACAGCAGAUGGGGAUUACCUUAGUGGAGGAGUUUUACUGAAUGAAUUAUGGGUUACUGUGGAAGUGUCUGAUGAGAAUCUGCUGGAUGUCAUCUCAGAAAGGAAGGAAACUUACAUCAACAGCUCUAUCAAAUAUGAGGUACUUAUUGCAGAGAAGGGAAGCCUGCGGACCCGAUUGGCUUCAGGUGUUGGUCUCCAUUCUGCCUCAGUCUUGAUUCAAGUAGGGAGCUCACCAUUUGAGUGCUUCAGUUUUGAUAGCUUCUCAAGGAUGCAGUUACAGGGCACCAGUAGCUUGAGUGUUCAAGUUGGUUGUCCGCCCAGCAAACAUCUUGUGUUUGAUAUCCCUGCUACUUUACAUCAAGCAGAGAUAAGGUAUGGUGAGAUAUACGACUGCCCAAUUCCAGAUCCUGAAUAUCCAUGCUUUUAUUACAAACAUGGUUUUAAUCCCGUUUUCCGCGUGUUGGAUGUUGUGACUGGGAAGUCAAGUCUCUUUACUGAUCAGUACAUUUUGAGAGUGAUUGGUGGCAGCACUGAGGGUGCAGACAAUAUUGAAUACUUCAGCAGUGAAAAACUUCAACAGUAUAACAUGCAAAAUGGGUCAGGUCCGUUAAUUUGGACACCUGAGGAUACCAACAACUAUAGUAAUGGAUCAGUGCCAAUUUUCCAACAUGGGCAUAGUGGAAUUGUGUGGCGUUGUGAGCAGGGGACACCCUGUGCCAGUGUGCCCAUGCACUUCCCUUGGUCACCAGAAUAUUACUUUGUCAUGGAGGUCACAAACAGACAGGUGAGCAUGUACUCAACAUACUGUGAAUACACAGCACAGGUCACAAUCAAGGUCCAUGGACUGGAACUCAGCAAAUAUGAUCUAAUGGCUAUUGUUGGGUGGUCCUUGGUGAUAUCUUGGGUUUUCAUUGCCAGCUUUGUCAUCUGCCAUCGACAAAAGAGCAGAGGAGACAAGCACCGUCAUCAUAAGAGGAAGCUAAACAUAGUGGCCCCCAUGCCUAUUAUCCGAGAAGUUGAAGUUUCAGAUGAAAGUGAGACUGAAGAAGUGAUCAAUAUAGUUGAAGGCAGAGACUUUGGAGUCAUGUCCAUGGAGAGUACACUUGAAAAAUCCAGUUAGGGAAACAUCAAUUGAUAUGGUUCAUCACAAACAGCACCAGCCAAAGAAUAUUCCAGUGAUGUAGAACCAAGAAUUGUUCAGCAGCAUUUCAUCCCUCAUCAUACCUCAUUAAAUUCGUGGAGUAGUUACUACAUGUGAACUUACUGGAAUAAGAAUUGACAUUUCUCUUCCCCUGUGGGUUUGGCAUACAAGGUUUGGUAAGGUCAGAGAAUUGCAUCACACACCAGUACCUUUGCUGAUGGUAAGGAUAAGAAAGCUUUGUAAAGACCGACAAGCAGCUCUGAUUCUGCAAUAUCAUUUUAGCUCAUAACCUUUUUUGAGAGAUGGAUAAAUAUAAAUUGGCUUUGCUAACUGGAUAUCAGAAGAGUUUGAUGCACAAUAGGUACAUCAAAACUCUAGAUCAAUAUAACAAAGACUCAAUCAGUCAGGUUGGUGGUAAAUCCGUUGCUUGUUCCCCUUAUUGUAAAUUUGAAAACCUUUCCCUUUCACUUUUCCCUUUAUUUUAAAUUGUAAACAUUGGCAGUUGUAGUCUAGUUAGUUCAGAUUUUACAUUUGUAAAGACGUUAAUGGAGCAUUUUUCCCUGUGCACUGGCAUGUAAAGCACUUGAUAUAUGUUCCUUAUGUUCCUUUCUUGUUAGCGCAGGCAUCAUCACUAACCUUUGUUGUUGUUGUUUUGUUUUAAUGGCGCUUUCAGCAACUCAGUCUAUUUGUGCCAAUAACUGUAC